AUGCAUUCCCGUGAAAGUUCAGGGGGAGGCUGGGAAGGGGGCCCUCGCAAGUACGCCUACAAUCGCGAGGGAGCCCGGGAACGAGAGAUGCACCUCUAUCUUCCAUACUGGGGGUUUUCGGAUUCCGAGAAACAUGCCCAGCAAUCGAUUGGAACCCAUCCGAAUGUGUCACGCGACAAUGUCUUGACAGUCUUUGCGCAACUUGCUGCACUACGAAUGGGCGCUCAAAGAGCCCUAAUAUCGCUUUUUGAUAAGACCAUGCAACAUGUCGUAGCCGAAUCAACCCCGGGACUAAGCUUGCGCGGUACCGAGGGGUGUGAGCAAACAGAAGCCUUAUGGCUGGGCGUUCGUCGCCUCCCGCGCCAAAAGAUCACAAUGUGCUACCAUGCAGUAAGAUCAUUCGUGGAGGACGAACAGGACAUUUUUGUGGCGGCAGACCUGGCUGAAGACGAGCGAUUCAAACACCACCCAUCGGUAACUGGCUAUCCGCAUAACAGAUUUUACGUGUCUGUGCCAAUCCGGUCACCGGAUGCAUAUGUCAUUGGGACGGUGGCAGUCCUCGAUGACCGGCCAAGAGAUGGAGUCAGUGAUGAACAAGUACGCUUCUUGAAAGAACUCUCGGCGACGGUCAUGGAUCACUUACUGUCGCAACGAGCGAUGCGAGAGGAGUAUCGUGAGGAGAAGAUGGUUCGGGCCUUAGGAUUGUUCGUCAGAGGAAAGUCAGAUCUGGCCGAGUGGUUCAGCAGUCGAAAUACAUCGGACAAGAAGUACGGGUCGAAGAUGGCGCAUGUGAACAGGAGAUUGGAGCAAUUACAAGUCUCUGGAUCGAGCCCCGAUGAGGAUGAAAAGCAGGAAUGCGUGAAUGGGGACGGGGAAGCACCAAGAGGCAAAGCCAGAGAACAGAAGAAGCACAGACAUAAAUCCCCUGUUCGGAAAUUUGAAAACCACCAGGAAGCGGAGAGUGGGGAUGAAGACGAGGCAGAUAACAAAAAGAGCAAAAGGCAGCGGCCCCGGCUUUCCCCAACUACCAGCCAACUUCAAGAAACACUUACCCCGUCCAGUGUCCGAUCGGUCGUCAACCGCGCCGCUUCUUUGAUCUAUCAGGCACUGGAUGUCGAAGGGACAAUGUUCAUCGAUGCAAGCGUGUAUGCUCGGCGACAAACCGUGGGUUCUACCGAGACUACCCAUGACACCCCAGGAGCAUACAACGUGGAAAAUAAAACAGACGAGGACCAGAUCCCUUCUGCCUCAUACCCAGAGUCUGGGUUCUCAGGGUCUUCCGACGACGAGAAAGAGGCCAGAAGUCUGGUCCUUGGUCACUUCACCUCCUCUACAUCUGACCAAGCCGAGAACCUGAAGGAUAGUCAUUAUGUAUCUCUCUCUGGUGCUUUUGUGAGUCAUCUCAUUGAUCGGUACCCUAAGGGGAAGAUCUUUCAUAUCGAAGAGGAUGGCUCCAUCGCAUUAAGUUAUGAGGGAUUGGCGAAUGACAUGGAUUAUUCAGAAAGUGGUGGACGUGGCGCACAGACUACGGAUGCCCAUAAGAAAGAUGUACAGCAGGAAACUAUGGACCUCAAGCAACUUAUGAAGGUUCUACCGGACGCGAGAUGCAUUGCCAUAUAUCCUGUCUGGGAUUUUCAGCGAAGUCGUUGGUUUACAAUUAAUCUAGUCUGGACUGACGAUCCGGGCAGAGUGUUGUCGGAGCCAAAGGAUCUAACAUACAUGGCGGCAUUCAGUAACACGGUCAUGGCCGAGGUGUCGCGUUUAGACCUGGAGGCAGCCGACCGAGCCAAGGGCGAUUUCAUUUCUUCUAUAUCUCAUGAAUUGCGGUCGCCUUUGCAUGGCUUACUCGGGACUGUGGAGCUGCUCCAAGAUAUGGUGAACUCCUACGCGCAACGGUCGUUGAUCGAGACCAUAUACAGUUGCGGGCGGACCCUGUUAGAUACGUUAAAUCAUCUUCUUGAUUAUGCUAAGAUUAAUACCCUCACCCGACCACGGCCGUCAGACGUGGCUGGUAAACAAGGAGAAACGGACGUGUCCAAACCCCAAUCAGCGGUGCCUGGCUUUCUUCAGGAUGAAGACCUGGGCGUGUUGGUACAGGAGGUGGUCGAGGGCCUUCUUGCCGGAGCGGAAUAUCAGCGUCGCGGGCCAAAUGACAAUAAUGAGGUCGCUUUGAAAAACGAUACCAAUAAUCCAGAGUCUCGACUCAUGACUAUUGUGGAUAUCGAGUGGCAGGAUAGUUGGCAAUUCAGUGUUUACGCCGGCGCUUGGCGCAGAGUGGUCAUGAAUCUAUUUGGCAACGCUCUCAAGUACACGCGCACAGGGUACAUUCGACUAUUGAUGAAGAAAGACACGCUAAUUAUAGACGGCAAGGACCCUAGACCGGCAGUUCACAUUACGAUCAGUGACUCUGGGCGUGGCAUGUCUAAAGACUUUCUUCAGAAUCAUUUGUACAGUGCCUUUCUCCAAGAGGACACUACAUCUCCUGGUCUAGGGGUAGGCCUUCAUCUAGUCCAUCAAAUUGUGAGGUCCUUGAAUGGACAGAUCAAAUUCACAAGUGAAGUCGAUCGGGGGACAAGUGUAGAUGUUGUUCUCCCUGUCACGCCUCCAGAACGGUCGACCUCUAUCCAGUCCUCCGACUAUCCCCGCUUGAGAGAUAAGCUGAACGGCAUGACGGUCUCACUAUUCACAAGGAGCUCUCAAAAGGGUGACCUGGGGUUCGACUCGCAAAAGUUCGAAGAUGUCCUGUCGAGCCUCGGACAUAUGGUGUCGGGAUGGUUUGGAUUACGCGUAUUAAACCAGAAAGAACUUGACCAUGAACGGCCAGAUUUUGCUAUUAUCACUGAGCAUGAGUACUACAAGUACUAUCAACUAGGCUCCAAUGAGCCGGCGCCAGAUAGCUCGGAAAUCAAACCCUCGCUUCCAUUGAUUGUCCUGAGUGCGCGGACAAGUAGCUGGAAAGCAUUGGGAGAGAGCGCGGAUGAAUCGGUUAUCUUUCUUACCCAGCCUUCACCCAGUGUGAGUCCCAAGACUCUCUCAACAGCAUUCGAGCAUUGUCUGGGAUUGUCAGGUCCUUCUCAGGACUCAACGCCUCAAAGGCACCACUCCCCUGCCAUGCCUGUCAGGGAGAGCUCCCAGAGAUCUAACAGAGCACCGGAGAUCAAAGACAAUAACAGUAACUCUGCAGAUGUAGAGAAGACUGAUGUUGACGGUGACGCUAGCGACGACAAGCAAGGACCGUCCGACGACGAAAGAGAAGCCCAGGCUAAGUCGCUGUCAGGCAACAUUCUUCUCGUGGAGGAUAACCAAGUCAAUCUUAAGGUUUGA